AGUAAAGUGUUGGCGAGGCGCGCCUCUGCGCUUGGCGUCAGAUUUUGUCAUUCAGUGUUAUGAUUCCGUCGGAGAAGCAGCUCUGACCAAGGAGCUGUUUGUUUUGUUGAAUAAAUGUUCGUUUUGUAUUUAGAAGGCCUAUGUGUCACUUUUAUUUCCAAUGCACCCAGCAUCUGGUAGAUGCAGCCCAUGAACGAUCUGGAAUUUCUCCUUCGGUUUCUAACAUAAAUGGUACCCUCGGCGGGACACGGGUGCUUUUUGGAAUGGAUUUCGAAAUGAAAUUAGAUUAGGACUGAAUUAAAAUUGACUUUUGUUAUGAUCUUGACUUUCGAUUUUAUUAGAAUGUUGAACUGAUUUUUCUUAUGAUCUUGAAUUUUGAUUUGAUAGAAAUUUGAUUUGAAUUUUGAACUGAUUUUUCCUGAUUGAUUUUUUGAACUGAUUGAUCUUGAAUUUCGAUUUUGAUGAAUUUUGAACUUACGUUACUGAAAAUUUGAUUUGUGAACUUUCAAACUGUGAAUCUGAACUAGUUUGGAUUUCGAAUUGAAAAUGGAAUUAAAUGCUUUGAAAACACAACGAAAAGGACUGCGAAUUGCCUUCACUCACACCGUGAAGAAAAUCGAAACGGAAUUAGACAAAGAAGUAAGAGAUUUAAAGGCUCUAUCGAUUUUAAAGGUUCAACUUAAUGAUAAGUUCCAAAGACUUGAAGUUUGUCAAAAUGCUAUAUCAGAGCAGCUUUUGCAGAAUGAAACAACAGAAAAUGCAUAUAAUGAAGAUUUUGAAGAGUCUGAGAAUUACCGAGACACGUUCUUAGAACGAUGUGCUCAAAUAAACUCGGAAGAACAACUCUCUGUGCUGCCGACUGACAAGGAAACGAGAAAAUUUAAACUCCCAAAAAUAGAACUGAAAAAAUUCUCAGGUGAAGCUAAAGAUUACCUUACAUUUUGGAGUCAGUUCCAGAAAAUUCAUGAUGAUAAAUAUAUUGCAGACGAAGAUAAAAUGCAGUACUUGCUGCAAUCUAUGGAACCGAAAUCGAAAGCUGAACGUCUGAUACUUAGUUUUCCUGCAACGGCAGCUAAUUAUUCUAAGGCUAUCGAACAGCUGAAAGAGCGUUUUGGACGCGAGGAUUUGCUGGUACAAAUAUAUGUACGUGAUUUGUUAAAUUUAGUUAUGAAGAACGCAGCAACCGGAAGAGCAAAAACUGAUUUACCCUCCCUCUAUGACGAACUGGAAGGCAAAUUGAGGUCCUUAGAAAGCUUGGGAAGAACACAAGAAAAGUAUGGAGAUUUUUUGACGCCGUUGGUAGAAAGUUGCCUACCAGAAGAAGUAUUGGUGGCGUGGGAGAGGAGCCGUAACCACGACUCCACUGAAAAAGGUGACCGUUCUUUGGAACAGUUGAUGAAUUUCCUUCGGCAAGAAGUGAAAGGCGAAGAGAUGGUCUUGCUAGCAAGAACUGGUUUUGAUCCCCACCCGAGUCACCGUAAUAAAAACCCUCGAAUAGAGCAGGUAAGAUUAGCCGAUUCGGCUACCGCGGCGUCCCUAGUUAACAGCAGCAUCGCUAGUAAUGCAGGUAAGCGAAAUUGUAUUUUCUGUGAUAAAUCCCAUCCCAGUGAAAAAUGUUUUUCCGCGAAGAAAAUGUCAUUAAUCGAGAAGCAACAAAUAUUACUGAAAAAGGGUGCUUGUUUUUCAUGUUUGAAAAAGGCUAAUCAUAUAAGUAAAUUUUGUGAUGAAAAAAAUAAUUUAAAAUGUUCUAAUUGUAAUUAUAAUCAUUUUGAUAUAAUGUGUUCCAAAUUAAAAAAUAAUGACCAAAAAAGUAUUUCUAAAGAAAGUUCUCUUUCUAAUAGCAGCCAAAGUGAAACUGUUUAUUUGCAAACUCUUUGCGUUUUAAUUCGAAGUCAAGGUCGUGAGAAAAUUAUUCGAUGCGCAAUUGACACUGGUAGCCAAAGCAGUUACGUUAGUGAAAAUAUUAUACGUCUACUUAAGGCGUGGCCUCUUCGAAAGGAGACAGUGAUUCAUGCACUGUUCGGGGGGAAUGAAACGAAACCAAAACAACAUGAAGUAUUUUCAAUUGAAGUGAGUAAUUUGAGGCGAACUUUUGUUUGUUGUUUUGAAGUUCUCUCGGAGGAAAUGAUUUGCGGUUUUAUUCCAAAAAUCGAGGAUAGAGAGAUAUUGAAUGAAUUAAAAGAAAAGGAAAUAGAUUUUUCAGAUUCUUUCAUAAAAGAAUCAAAGAUUGAUCUUUUAAUCGGAUCAGAUGUUAUAGGAAAAUUAUUAACCGGAAAUUCAGUGGAAUUACAGUCGGGUUUGACAGCUAUCGAAACUAAAUUGGGAUGGACGGUUUUUGGGAAACGAAACUCGGGGGAAAGGAAUAUUUUAAAGACUUUGUCAAUGCAUUCUAUAAAAGUACCUGUAAAUAAAUUAUGGGAGCUUGAAACUUUAGGAAUAUCUGAUCCAAACCAAACUGAGAAGAAGGAAACCGAACUCGAUUUAAAUGAUUUUAAUAAAAACUUGAAAAUUCUCCCCGAUGGGAGGUAUGAAGUCGAAUUACCUUGGAAAUAUAACUCGGCCAAUUUACCCACUAAUAAGGAAUUAGUUUGGAAGAGACAUGAAAGAAUGAUAAAUAGAUUGAGUUGCGGGGAAUUUUUUACUGAUUAUCAGAAGGUGUUUGAGGAGUGGGAAAAUUUGAACAUUAUCGAGCGCGUGCCCGAUUUUGAAUUGAGAAAAGAAUGUCACUAUUUAUACCAUAGACCAGUAAUUAAACUCGAGAGUCUUACUACUAAAGUUCGUCCCGUGUUCGAUGCUUCUGCUGCUGAGAAAGGAAAACCUUCUUUAAAUGAAUGUUUAUUAAAGGGAAUUAAUCUCAUUGAAUUAAUACCUGAUAUUAUUGAUAGAUUUAGAAUGUAUCCAAUAGGAAUAAGUGGUGAUAUAGAAAAGGCAUUUUUAAUGUUAUCAAUUGCACCUAAGGACAGAGACUUUCUUAGGUUUUUCUUCCCGUCUAAUGACGGACCACAGAUUUAUAGACACUGUAGGGUUGUGUUUGGGAUUUCUGCCAGCCCUUUUUUACUAAAUGCUUCUAUAAUGCAUCUUUUGGAGAAUUCUCCUCCUCAGUAUAGUGAUGUAGCUCAAAAACUGAAAAGUGCAUUCUAUGUAGAUAACUGUAUUUCUGGUGUUUUUCAUAAAGAUGAACAAGAUUGUUUUAUUGAACAUGCUAAACUUAUUAUGUCAAAUGGAUGUUUUAACUUGCGUAGUUUUGAAAGUAAUGUGGCUGGUAAAAAUGUUGAUAAACAUUCAGGGGAUACUUCAGUUUUGGGGAUAAUUUGGAAUUUGGACAAUGACACUCUAAGAUGUUGUACGGAUAUUGACGCAUUAACAUGCGAUACGAAAAUUACAAAAAGAUUAAUUUUGGGCAUUGUACAGACUAUUUUUGAUCCCAUUGGUUUGUUGACGCCAGCUACAUUGCUUCCGAAACUCUUAUUACAAGAAUUGUGGAAGUUAAAAAUUGGUUGGGACGAUGAAUUAGUUUAUACCAGUAAGUGCUCAGUAAAAGGCUGUAAAUUGAAAGAGAUUGUUCGUAUAAACUGUAAUGUUUGCAAUAAAAAUUAUUGCUUGAAACACAGGCAUCCUGAUGAUCAUAAAUGUUCAGAGCAAAAAGUCGUAUCUCCUGCCCAAGCUGCUGGUGCUGCUGCUCUUGCCAGAGCCCAGAACACAAGAAAGCCCAUAUUUCAGUGGUUUUCUAGUCAAAGCGCUUCAACUGACCACAGACGUAAUGUUGCUCCUCUUCCGGAAGUUUCUGUUACAACUGCUGUUCAGGGCAGCAUGACAGAAGAUGAAGCUUUAGCACUUGCACUACAUAAAUCCUUAAAUGAGAAUGCACCUAAAAAUAUUCAAGAGCAGGAAGAUAUGCUGCUUGCACAGGCUUUGGCCCAAUGUGAUGAUUCUCAGAGACCUCAAAAUCUCACCACCAGAAGAAAUACAAAAUUGCGAAGUUGAUGAUUCUUGAAAUAUAAGCAUUACUUUCUGAUCUUUUGUAUGCAAGAAUGUUUAAUUUAUUAGUUUUUGCUACUUUUAUAUUCCUGAAACAAUUGUACUAUUAAUUUUUUUCCUAUUUUUGAUUUUUAGUGAAUAAAUUAAUUUUCAAUUUU